GUAGGCUAUGAGACGACUCGGCACAAUUGUCUGUCGAUUUUUCUUUUUAGAUUCUCGAACAAAGGCUAUUGACGUUCAUCCCACAGAUACAGCUAUCGAUGCAGUACAGAAACUUGCAGAUAAACUUAAUUUGGCAUCAAUUGAAGGUUGGGCAAUAUUUCAAUCCCGUCCAGAUGGCGAAGAGCAUAUAAAAAGCUUUGAAUAUUUAUAUGAUAUUAUCUCUGAAUGGGAGUCUAAGCAAAACUCGCCUAAUAGUUACAAAAGACUUUCAAAUGCUUCUACUUACGGGGAAAAUAGAUUUGUCUUUAAAAAAAGAUUGUUCAAACCAACUCGAGAAUUAUCCCAGGAUCCUGUUGAAGUUGGAAUGUUGUACGCCCAAGCAGUAUACAGUAUUGUAAAGUGUGAUGAAUUUCCAGUAAGUGAAAAAGUUGCUUUACAAUUAGCUGGUUUGCAAGCACAGGUAGCACUUGGGGAUCCAUCUAAUCAGCCGAAGCCUGAGUAUUAUUGUGAUAUCAAUAGCUUUUUACCAAACCGAAUUUCUAAAACAAGAGAACAACAGUUUUGGAUACCGAUUCUUGCUCAAGCACAUCGACAAUAUGGAUCAUCAAGAAAUGAAUUAACUGCUAAAGUGUUGUACUUAAGUUGUGUUAUGCAAUACCCACUUUACGGAACAACCAUGUUUAACGUAAUUUAUAAAGGAUAUUGGAGUUUUGUCAAUAAUAUAAUUUUAGGAAUCAAUUGUGAAGGAGUUUUACUCAUUCAACCUGAAGAUAAAGUCAUUAUAUAUCAGUUUAAAUAUACAGAUAUAGAAUCAAUUUUUAUAGAUCCAAGUGAUAGUUUUCUUACAAUAUCUCUCAAUCGCACUACUAAUCAAUCGCCCAGACUUACGAAAGAUGAUAGCAUUUUUCUGGAUUUGCAAAAAUGUUUUGUAUUUGAAACAGUACAAAAGCAUGAAAUUGGCGCUCUUAUUAUUUCAUAUUAUCCAUCAUUAUCAAAUUGGAUAUUAAGUAAUUUUGAUUGCACUAAAAAAGGAAAAGGAAUCACCAAUGAGGAUAGAACCAGAUUGUAUCAAAAUGUUAUUAUAUGCCGCAGGCAAUUAAUAGACUUAAAUAUAGUGCGAAAACCUCAUGAAUCAGGCGGUUUCUUACGAAACACGCUGAGACGCCUAUCCAAGCAUCGUAUCGAAAAAUUACGUGCAGAACAAAGGACAAGUCCUCAAGACCACGGAGAAACAUAUAAAGGAUUUUCUCAUUCAUUUUGGGCAUUCAGUAAACAGCAACUCACGUUUUGUCUAAGCUCAUUGACGGAUCAAGAUGAAACAACAAUGAUUCAAAUAUUUGAUUUAAUAUUACAAUUUUCCGGCCUUGGAAUAUCAG